AUGGAUAUACAGCGUGAGAAAACACUUCUGGUAGGCCUAUCGGGCCCUUCAUCCAGCGGUAAAACUACUCUCGCACGGCUGUUACGAACAGUAUUUACCCCACCGUCUAAAGACCACACCCCGCCCACAGCAGCAACGAUAAGGCCGUUUGUUCUCCACGAAGACGAUUUCUACAAGCCUGAUGACCAAAUCCCGCUCGUCACAACCUCUUCUGGGAAAGUAGUGCAGGACUGGGACACCAUCGAAGCACUCGAUGUCCCACAAUUUGAAGCCACACUGGCAUACAUCCGCGACCACGGCCAUUUACCCGCCGGCCUGAAAAGCAAAGAAGACCUAAACGAUGCCACAGAUUCAGGCGUCGACAAGCAGACCCUGCACACGCUGAGGGACAAGGUAUCGCAGCGCACGCGCGAUCUUGUUUUGCGCAAGCAGCGAAGAAACAGCGAUGGAUUCGAGAAUCUGGAGGAAACGUCCUGUUCCGUCGCCAUAGCCUUUGUGGAUGGAUUUUUGCUGUAUGCACCACCCAAUAGCCCUUCUCACCCGCUCCGCACGGUCCAUGAUAUCAUUGACGUCCCGCUCUUCUUACCCGCUACUUACACCCUUCUCAAACAACGACGAGAGAGCCGCACUGGCUAUGUUACUAUCGGCCCCGCACCGACGCCGAAGCCGCCAUCUCAGGGAGACGAUGACACUAGAGGUGCUGAUAAACGAGUGAAGAAGGAUGCGGAUGAGUAUAUUCCGCCUGAAACGAACUUUUGGACAGAUCCGCCGGGCUAUGUGGAUGAUAUCGUCUGGCCGCGGUAUAUUACUGAUCAUUCGUGGUUAUUGCUUCCCGAAGCUUCUCAGCCUUGUGAAGACAUUGAAGAUCUGAAACGGCUUGUUGGGGAAGGCCGAUAUAUUAGGGAUGAUAUGGGGGUGCUUGUUGCACCAGGAAGCGGAGGAUAUCCUAUGGUUGACCUUCUUCAAUGGGCGGUGGAUGAGGUGCUUAAGGGAGUUGAAAACAUGCUUAUUUGA